CAUAGCUUGGGUUUGUAGCAUCCUUGUAGCUGUUGUUGUCUUGUGCAUGGAAUGAAAUGAUAUGAAAGAAAAAGAGAAAGCAGCAGAGAUGGAAGAGGUGUGAAUCUGUACUGUGGGAAAGAAUAGAGGAAAGCAUUUCAGUUUAAAGCUUUGCUGAUCUACUCUGCCUACUGAGGAACAAAGGAGGAGGGGUGAAAGGAGAAAUUCACUCUCCUUUUUUCCAUCUCCUGCUUGGAAAACCUCGAACAGAGAUCAGCCACAUUUCUCCAUGAAAAGGAUACUUGCCAGUAGUUCAGGAGAGCACCGAGAUCCUCAUGGCCGAGCACUGGAAGAGGAUUAAAUGCCAGUAGGGUUGACUUCAAACCCCAAUACAACAUCACCCUACAAGAAUCAUGUCAUUGGUCACCAAACCCAAUCUGUUUACCUACACUGAAACCCAAACCCUGACUCCAUUCCGCACCCUCAACCCCACCCUUCCCCUCACCACCUCCAUUCCUGUUUUCACUAGUUCAGUAGAAGCCAGAACUGAUCCGGAGAACAUUACGUCCAGGUCCACCUUCAAUUCCAUCACAUCUUCCACCAAUGUAACCAGUCUCAACUCCACGCAGUUGCCAAUCGCAUCCGUGGAAGGCACAGGGAUGGGAAUGGUGCUCGUACCCUUUGGCAUCAUCACAGUCAUUGGGCUGGCUGUCGUCGUGCUUCUGUACAUAAGGAAAAAGAAAAGACUGGAGAAACUGAGACACCAGCUGAUGCCCAUGUAUAACUUUGAUCCGGCUGAAGAACAGGAUGAUCUCGAGCAGGAACUGCUGGACCACGGACGAGACGGAAGCCCAGCAGGACCAAACUCCAAAUCUCUGAACACAAGUCAAGGUACAACUCAGAAACCCAGUCGACUUGUCUUCACUGAUGUGGCCGACGCGAUUAAUGCAUGACAACUGGGAAACUGGACACAUUGGACAUUUUUGGGAUUCAGGAAUAACAUUUGGAUGGGCAUUUGGUACAGGGCAUUUGGUACAAUGACAUUCACUGUAAGGACACUUCAUUAAAAAUAACUUGAACAAAAUGUUAGUUCUUCAGGAGAGGACCUUCAACUAACGUUCUUCACUUCCACAACAGAAGGUUGGAGCUAUCCAAAGGUUCUGACUCCUUUAUUUUCCAAGAACCUCUCUGAUUCACACUCAUUGUACACAAAACUUUCAACAAUUGGAGUUGUCACAAUAAGACACACAUUGAUACUAUUGACUUUGGACUUUUGGAGGACUCCAAAUGGAACUUUAGACACCUCUUCUAUUUGAGAAAUCUUACUAGUUUGGUGAAUGGCAGGACAACACUUUAAUUGAUCACAAUUAGCUAUUUAUUCGCAGCUGAAAUGAUCCCAAGUGAUCAUUAUUUGUCACAAAGCCAUUUGUAGAAAAACCUAAGGACGAACGUGUAUGUUAAAAGUAAAGAAAAAAAUACAGCAAUAGUGUUUCAACAGCAGCAAGUGAAAUUACUUUCAAGAGUUCCUUUUUAAAAGUUGAUUUAGUAUUUGUGUAAUUCAGAUUGUGAUGAACGUUGUCAGAUAUUACUUCAGGCAGUCAUUUUAGAAAGA